AUGCGAAGGAGACGCAUUCCUCCACGGGAGGAUGCAGUCUGUCAUGUUUCUGCUGGAAGGGACAAACUGGGACUUGAUAUCCACUACAUAAAUGCCUUCAAAGGUCGGGGCAUUUUCACGACUGUUCUAUUCCAAAAAGGAGACUUCCUUUUGGAAUACAGAGGUAAACUCAUAACAAAAGAAGAAUGUGAGCGGCGACACAGAGUUUAUCAUGACAGCCUGAAGGUGUUCAUGUUUGAAUUCAAGUUUGAUGGAAAACUCUGGUGUGUGGAUACAUCUCAAGAAGAUGGGUCAUUAGGCAGACUUGUCAACGACAACCACAUCAGUCCAAGUGCUAAGAUGAAAAUAAAAGUCCAGUUUGGUCUGGUGUGCACAACAAUAUCAUCUUUGGACAAGUGCAUUCAGUGUGUGGGACCGGUUUCCUCCUUCAAGUGGCUUGGCUAUAAGUGCAAAGGUGAGACAUUUAGUGAAUAG